GUGCCUCGCUGCCUCCCGCGCUCCCAAAAAGUGCAUUUCCGCCCGGCCCGGGCGGGGAGAGGCGGCUCCGGAGCCGGAGGCAGCGCUCGGCCGCGGGCAGGCUCCGCGCCGGCCCGGGCGAUGCUCCAGGGCCCCAGAGGUGCUGACAUCCCAAAUUGCUGCUCUUGGGCGUCCAUGGGAGGCAGCUGAAGCCAGGCUGAGCAGCAGCAGCAGCACUUGGUCCAGGACUUGGCCCGGUCAGAGGCUGCUGCUCUGCUCCACUCUCAGCUCCUGAGCUGUCCCUGGCACAUGACAGGGCACUGCCGAGGCAUGGAGGGGCUGUGGGUGCAUGGUGUCCUGCUGAUCUUCCUGCUGCCCUGCCCUGUGGGGAGCCAGAGCAGCUCCAUCCCUGACCAGCGGUGGUGGACGGACCCCAGUGAGGCCCCAUCCCAGCAGCAAGCUGCCAGGGCCACAGAGCAGCAGAAGGCUGAUGGUGCCCCACAGCCCCGCUGUGUCCGCUGCUGCCCCCCCGCCGAAAAGCGCUUCUACCCCCAGUACCAGCCCAUGCCUCAGAUCAACAUGACCAUCCUGAAAGGAGAGAAGGGGGACCGUGGGGAGCGCGGCAUGCAGGGCAAGUUCGGCAAGACGGGGGUGGCCGGCAGCAGGGGCCACGCGGGGCCCAAGGGACAGAAGGGCAGCAUGGGCGCCCCGGGCGAGCGCUGCAAGAGCCACUACGCCGCCUUCUCCGUGGGCCGCAAGAAACCCCUGCACAGCAACGACUACUACCAGACCCUCAUCUUCGACACCGAGUUCGUCAACCUCUACGACCACUUCAACAUGUUCACGGGCAAGUUUUACUGCUACAUCCCCGGCAUCUACUACUUCAGCCUCAACGUGCACACCUGGAACCAGAAGGAGACGUACCUGCACAUCAUGCGCAACGGGGCGGAGGUGGUGAUCCUGUACGCCCAGGUGAGCGACCGCAGCAUCAUGCAGAGCCAGAGCGUCAUGCUGGAGCUGAGGGAGCAGGACGAGGUCUGGGUGCGGCUCUACAAGGGCGAGCGUGAGAACGCCGUCUUCAGCGAUGAGUACGACACCUACAUCACCUUCAGCGGCCACCUCAUCAAGUACAGCGGGGACCCCUGAGCACCUGGCCCCUCCUGUGCCCCUGUGCCUCUCAUCCCAGGAGUGCCACCCCCGUCGUGCUGUUAGUCACCCUAGUGCCACUACCCCCAGCAGCUGCACCAGUGUGUGAAUCCCCUCACUGCAGCGCCUCAAGGCCAACACACACACCUGCACGAGUUGGAGCAGUUUAAGGCCGCUGCCACAUUAGGGACCAGGAAGCAGCAGCUCAGCCGGGGUGGGCUGGGAGCUCAGCCCCUGUCCCCACGGCAGAGCUGGGUCUGCCAGGCACAGCCUGGCUGAGCUGGCAGCAGCGGAGCAGUGACUGUGGUGCCCUGGUGCGAGGCAGCGCAGACACUCACACCGUGCUCCUCCUUGCUCAGUGGGGCUCAGCGCCGUCUGGAAGGGCAACAAACCACUCAGGGCCCUUUCCUGCCACGCUGCAGGGGUCGCAGUGGGGCUGGGUUCCCUGUGGGGAGAGAAUUGCAUCACUUCCCUCUGCAGAUUCCGUCACUGCUCACCGCAGCCUCUGCUCAGGAAGGGCUCUCUCCCCACCAGCAGCCCUGGGCGUGGGGCCUUUGGCCUCAGCCACUUCCUCUUCCCUGAGGUUAUCUGCUGGCCAGGCUUCAUGUUUGUGUAGAUGCAGCAGUAGCAGCCAGUGUGCUGACCCCGCAUUCAGCUCGUGCCACAUUAAACAGCUCACGUUCCCAGCCUUGCUCACA